UAUUACAGCCUUGAGAAGAUUCAUAGGAGACUAGAAAUCCCCUGUGCACUCUGAUUAUGCUGGACAGUACAUUGUAUAGCUGUAUUACAUGACCGGCUAAAAAGGUGUAUCUCUGAGAUGAAAUCGCCCCUAGGUAGCUGUCUGCAUUGUCCAAUGACAAAUCCAACCCUGUCUGGAGGAGCCCCUCACCAGGUGAUGUAGUGUCCUACAGGUACCUCCCACUUGGGCGUGUAGUACCCUAGAGGCGCUUCCAGGCUCAGUCUGCACACACAGGUGAGGGAAGGAUUCUCAAGAAGCCACAAACACUGUACAGGAGGGAAACUGAGAAUCAAACUGGGGCUGGAACUGCACAGUGCAAAUUUCUCUAUCACCAUGAGAAGGAAACCUGAAGACCAGAAAACCACAUGUGGUGCCAGACACAGAGUAAUAACCAAAUUUGCAGAGUAUGUUGGGUCAUUUCCUGUGAAGGAAGUUGAUUGGAGGAGAAGAGUUUGGAUAAUAGAAGAACAGAUGCGCUUCUUGAAGGACUGUUGCAGGCGGAGAGCAGUAGUCCUGAAGUUCUGCCUACAGGGAGUGAAGAUGUAUGAUGCACAGGAAGAGAAGCUGCUUAUGGCUCACGCGCUCAGACGGAUUCAGUACACUACCUGCCGACCUGAAGACUACCAGUUUGCUUUUGUGUCCCGUAACCCACAUGGAUCAGCACAUCAGCUGUUCUGCCACUUGUUUGUUGGCAGUCAGCCCAGUGAGGCUCAGGGUUUAAACCUAUUGCUGUGCCGUUCCUUCCAGCUUCAGUAUCUGACCAUGCACCCAGAGGCAGCGGAUCCUGAGGUGCCCAUGCAGGGAAUCACCGCAAAACCCCAGAGAAAAUGUGCAGGAGCUGCAGUGGCAAGGAAGCCAUUAGACCCUGAGGAAGUUUCUCAAAGUGUCAAUGCCUUGGUGUCAUUCAGACGGGUUCCGGCAUCCAGCGAGGAUGGGCUCUCCAAUAACCAGAUGGAAGACUCUGACAAUUUAAGCAUUCCCAGAAAACAACUAUUGGGAAAUCCCUACUGUUCUCCAACACUGGUUCGUAAAAAGGCCAUUCGCAGCAAAGUACUUCGUUCCGGAGCCUAUCGAUGUCCCAAUUACGAGGCCCAACUCCAGAAAGCUUUAGAUGAAACAAAUAAAACAGACCCUCAGACUCACAUUGCCGCUGUGGAGCUCUCAGAGAGAUUGGAACUUUUGUUGAAUACAGUUUGGUUUUAUGCAGGGAUCGGAAGGGAUUUUGGACUCACAUUGCUGAAAGAAGACAGAGUGGGGGCUUUCCUCUUCUGUGCAGAUGCAGGCUGUGAGGGUCAGUGGACCUUGUUCAUGAGAACACAGUGUGGAGUCAUCCCAUACAAGGUCCACAGAACUCAGGAGGGUAGAUACUGCUUUGAGCACCUUCCAGAAGAAUUUGCCAGCUUGGCUUCCUUGGUGGAGCACCACACUAAUGCCGAAAGUUGCCCGUUUUACCAAUUGGCUCAUGGUCGCGUUAAUCCUUGCUACGAGGAGCUGGAACCCAGCACCAACAGUAAAAGUGAACCAGCCUUCUGUCCAGGCCAACACGAAAGCAAUGUGAACUUGGGAGAAGCAUUCCAUGUAGAAGAGUAUGUCGCAGACUAAGUAACUCAAGCAAAAUGCUGGAACAACAUUAAAAGACUUUCAUGCAGGAUGUCACUCACAGAUGUCAGCGAUAUGGGACAUUUGCAUAAAUGUUUUGUAGAUGAUCCAUGUAUAUAUACCAUCUGGGAGUGUUUUUGUAAAAAUGUAUAGUUUUGCUUAUAUUUAAAUAACAUUGUGCUGAUUAGAAGACUCCUAACCAAGCCCCAAAGUUUUAGAUGUAUACAGACUCCUGGUUGUGUAAUGGGUCUUUUCAUAUGCAGGGGAAGGGGGGGGGGGGUCUACUCUUCCUGCUUUCUCAGCCCUUUCAGUGGGUGUCCCAACCUAGCCUCAUCAACAGUGCUUAAACUUGGAGCCGUUAACUAAGUUUUACAAAUGUUUUAUACUGGAUUUUUAUAUCAGUAUCUGUACAUCUUCUUCUUUGUAGUAGAGUCUAUUACAUGCAGUUAUAUUAAAAUUGGUGUAUACUGUCCCUUUAAGCUAAUGCAGCAAUGUUUUAACGUUUGUUGAUUUGAGAAGAUGAGGUGAAAGACAGAGGGAAAUUCAGAGUCCUGUAGUGUGAGCUGUAUCCUUAUUCUCUUUUAUUAUUUGUUCAGCAAUUAAUUACUGGACCCCUAAAUUAUAUAAGCUUAAAAACUGUAACCUCUUGUGUAUUCUGAUGACUGAACAACAGUUAGCUAUGUAGCAGAUUAUUGGCUUGAUUUGUUUUCUGUACAAAAUAGUGAAUUUGUAAGGCAGUUGUUUUUUUUUUUUAGUAAAAGAAUCAUUGCGGGCAUAAGUAGAAAAAGUAGAUUUAUUCAGCAUGUGAAUAUUAAUUUAAAAAAGUAAAGUUUUGACAAUGCCCUCUCUUAGCCUGAGUGUAUAAAUAAUUCAACAAACUUUUAUGGAGCCCAGUAUUGCAGGUCAAAGGUUUUGCACCACCCAAGGCAUGAACUCUACACUUUGCCAUAAAUUAUUCCCAACUCCAUCAUGCUUCAACACAAAUAAAACCCACAAUCCCACUGUUUUGCAAACCUUUACUCACCAACACACUCUGCAUUCUAUACAAGAUGAGCGAACUCCAGAGAUAUUUUGAUUACCAAUGUAUAUUUAUGUGCAAAUUAUUUAUACUUUUUUAUGAAUAUUUAGUUCAGAAAAAGGUUACUGUUUGUCUUAUUUAUUGUAACAUAAUAAAUACUUAUUUGAUAUAUUACAA